CCCAGUCUGAACCGGUUUCAACCGGUUACGAGUUCGUUGCUUAUGAGGAGAAGGAGACGAGACACUCACACAUACAGAUUUACAGGCUCACCGCCGCUGCAAAAUCCUUUCAGUAAAGACCAAAAAAGAGAAAACCUGUUAACCAAGCGUGACUUUAAUCCGUAAAAUGAACCGGGCUGAGAGAAAACCGUGAGGGCUCCACAUCGCAGUUCAUCAACCUGACUAGCCUCGCUAGCAUUAACGUUAACUCCUCACAGGACCUCAGAGUGGCUACCGUUACCGUUACAGUCAGCGUUUCUGCUUGCUUUUCUUUUUAUUAAUUCCUGACCAACAGACAGACCUUACUGAACGAGCCACCAACGGUUUUGGAGCUAGUUAACUCAAGUUUUAGCAACGCUGGCAGAAAAGCAGACCUUUCUUUCAAAGGCUUGGACUUUUCGAGCUCUAUGCCAGCAGUUAUGACAAUGUUAGCCGACCAUGCAGCCAGACAGCUGCUGGACUUCAACCAGAAACUGGACAUUAACCUACUGGAUAAUGUGGUUAACUGCUUGUACCAUGGAGUGGGACCGCAGCAAAGAAUGGCCCAAGAGGUCCUCACCCAUUUGAAAGAGCACCCAGAUGCAUGGACUCGAGUGGAUACCAUUCUGGAGUUCUCCCAGAACAUGAAUACCAAAUACUAUGCUCUGCAGAUUCUGGAAACAGUUAUUAAAACAAGAUGGAAGAUUCUUCCUAGAAACCAAUGUGAAGGUAUUAAAAAGUAUGUCGUCGGGCUGAUCAUCAAGACGUCGUCUGAUGCGGCCAACGUAGAGAAAGAAAAGGUGUACAUUGGAAAACUCAACAUGAUCUUAGUUCAGAUCCUGAAGCAGGAAUGGCCGAAGCACUGGCCCACAUUCAUCAGUGACAUUGUUGGAGCAAGUCGCACCAGUGAGAGCCUCUGCCAGAACAACAUGAUUAUCUUGAAGCUGCUUAGUGAAGAGGUGUUUGACUUCUCCAGUGGGCAGAUGACCCAGGUCAAAGCCAAACACCUGAAGGACAGCAUGUGUAAUGAAUUCUCCCAGAUCUUUCAGCUCUGCCAAUUUGUGAUGGAAAACUCCCAGAAUGCUCCUCUGGUGCAUGCUACCUUGGAAACGUUGCUGCGGUUUUUGAACUGGAUCCCUCUGGGCUACAUCUUCGAGACCAAACUAAUCAGUACUCUGGUGUACAAGUUCCUCAAUGUUCCCAUGUUCCGCAACGUGACGCUAAAGUGUUUGACGGAGAUUGCAGGUGUGAGUGUGAGCCAGUAUGAGGAGCAGUUCGUCACACUGUUCACACUCACCAUGAUGCAGCUCAAACAGAUGCUGCCUCUGAACACGAAUAUCCGUCUAGCAUACGCAAACGGGAAAGAUGAUGAGCAGAACUUCAUCCAGAACCUCAGUCUGUUCCUUUGCACCUUUCUCAAAGAGCACGGCCAGCUCAUCGAGAAGAGACUCAACCUGCGUGAGACGCUAAUGGAGGCUCUCCACUAUAUGCUUCUGGUGUCAGAGGUGGAGGAGACAGAAAUCUUUAAGAUUUGUCUGGAGUACUGGAAUCACCUGGCAGCAGAGCUGUACCGAGAGAGUCCCUUCAGCACCUCCACCUCACCCCUGCUUUCUGGCAGCCAACACUUUGAUGUUCCACCACGCAGGCAGCUCUACCUACCUGUAUUGUCCAAGGUGCGUCUGCUGAUGGUGAGUCGCAUGGCUAAACCAGAGGAGGUGUUGGUGGUUGAGAAUGAUCAGGGGGAGGUGGUGCGGGAGUUCAUGAAGGACACAGACUCGAUCAAUCUCUACAAAAACAUGAGAGAAACGCUUGUGUACCUAACCCAUCUGGACUAUGCAGACACAGAGCGGAUCAUGACAGAAAAGCUCCAUAACCAGGUAAAUGGGACUGAGUGGUCUUGGAAGAACCUGAACACAUUGUGCUGGGCCAUUGGCUCCAUUAGUGGAGCCAUGCACGAGGAGGAUGAGAAGAGGUUCCUUGUGACAGUCAUCAAGGACCUGCUAGGUUUGUGUGAGCAGAAGCGUGGUAAGGAUAACAAGGCCAUCAUUGCUUCCAACAUCAUGUACAUUGUGGGGCAGUACCCACGUUUCCUUCGUGCACACUGGAAGUUUCUUAAGACUGUGGUCAACAAACUGUUUGAGUUCAUGCAUGAGACCCAUGAUGGAGUGCAGGACAUGGCGUGUGACACAUUCAUUAAGAUUGCUCAGAAGUGCAGGAGACAUUUUGUGCAGGUGCAGGUUGGAGAAGUCAUGCCUUUCAUUGACGAGAUUCUCAACAAUAUCAACACCAUCAUCUGUGACCUGCAGCCACAACAGGUUCAUACAUUCUAUGAGGCAGUGGGUUAUAUGAUUGGCGCUCAGACAGACCAGGCUGUGCAAGAACACCUGAUUGAAAAGUACAUGCUACUACCCAACCAGGUGUGGGACAGCAUAAUACAGCAGGCCACCAAGAACGUGGACAUCCUGAAGGAUCCAGAGACAGUGAAGCAGCUCGGCAGUAUUCUUAAGACCAAUGUGAGGGCAUGUAAGGCUGUGGGUCACCCCUUCGUCAUACAGCUGGGACGUAUUUAUCUAGACAUGCUUAAUGUCUACAAGUGCCUCAGCGAGAACAUUUCAGCAGCUAUACAGACCAAUGGGGAGAUGGUGACAAAGCAGCCUCUGAUCAGAAGCAUGCGCACUGUAAAGAGAGAAACUCUCAAACUCAUUUCAGGCUGGGUCAGCCGUUCCAACGACCCACAGAUGGUGGGGGAGAACUUUGUUCCGCCACUGCUGGACGCCGUCCUUAUAGAUUACCAGCGGAACGUCCCAGCGGCCAGAGAGCCGGAAGUGCUCAGCACCAUGGCGACCAUCGUAAACAAACUGGGCGGUCAUAUCACAGGGGAGAUCCCACAGAUAUUUGACGCUGUGUUCGAGUGCACAUUGAACAUGAUCAACAAAGAUUUUGAGGAGUAUCCUGAGCACCGAACACACUUCUUCUACCUGCUUCAGGCUGUAAAUUCCCACUGCUUCCCUGCCUUCCUGGCUAUUCCCCCAGCCCAGUUUAAACUGGUGCUGGACUCGAUCAUCUGGGCCUUUAAACACACCAUGAGAAAUGUGGCUGACACUGGUCUGCAGAUUCUCUACACAUUGCUGCAGAAUGUGGCCCAGGAAGAGGCUGCAGCUCAGAGCUUUUACCAGACUUAUUUCUGCGACAUACUGCAGCACAUCUUCUCUGUAGUCACAGACACGUCACACACAGCUGGUCUGACAAUGCAUGCGUCUAUCCUGGCAUACAUGUUUAAUUUGGUGGAGGAGGGUAAGAUAAGUAUGACCCUGAGCCCUGCAAACCCGGUCAGCAAUCAGGCUUUCAUCCAGGAGUAUGUGGCCAACCUGCUCAAAACUGCCUUCCCUCAUCUACAGGAUGCGCAGGUGAAGGUGUUUGUGACGGGGCUGUUCAGUUUAAACCAGGACAUCCCUGCUUUUAAAGAGCACCUGAGAGACUUCCUGGUACAGAUAAAGGAGUUUGCGGGUGAGGACACUACAGAUUUGUUUCUGGAGGAGCGAGAGGCGUCUCUACGCCAGGCUCAGGAGGAGAAGCAUAAGCUGCAGAUGUCUGUCCCUGGAAUCCUGAACCCUCAUGAGAUCCCAGAGGAGAUGUGUGACUGA